AUGAAGACUUUAGUUAUAGUUUUUUUAAUUCUUUUAGUUCAUGGCCAAGAAAUUGAUUGGGGAUUGAAUCUCGAUUAAGAUUAAAAACGAGAUUAUUUAAUUGUCAAUAGUAAUGUUGAAAUUAAUUAGGUUGGAUGUAAUAUUAUAAAAUUAUAUUAAGCAAAUAAUUAAUAAUAAUAAGGUUAGUAUAAAGAAGGUUAAGAUUAAGGAACAAUUAGUGAAGGGACUAAAUAAAAAAUUUAGGAAGAAUUUCUAUCAUAUGAUCUAGAUGAUGGUAUAAAUUAUGAGAAAAAUAAUUAGAUGGUAUUUUAAAAAUAGAUGAAUUAAAAUAAUCAUUUAGAGGGGAGGCAGAACAUUAAGUUAGAAAAUUAUUUGGAUUUGGUGAUAAAGACAUGAAUGGUUUUAUCAAUUUUGAGGAAUUCUUUAAAUUUAGAACCAGAGAUUCUAUGACAGAUUUAUGAAA